CCCUAAACAUGUGUCAUCCAUUUAAAAAAAUAAAUAAAUUAAAAAAAAAUCAGUUGUGACCUACAGGUGUGUAAUGCAGUCAAAAAUGAAAAUAUGAAACGUUACUGUGACAGAAUAACAGAAAUCCAAAGUUUGGCUUGACCUCCUGAAAUCCACUCGGUGGCCCGUGUUGGUCCCUGAACCUUACUUUUGCAACCAUCUGCUUUACUGGCUGCAAGUUACACCCACUCCUCCUCCUCCUCCUCCUCUGUGCAGACUCCUCUGCAUCCUCCCUUUAUGCUCUCGAGGGUCUGACAGUAACAGGGUUACUAUUGUACAUUAGUAAGAGUCUGACAGAGUAGCUCCGAGAAGAAAACAAACUUAACUGAUUCUUACACUUGGCACAUUUUGAAACCCUUCGCUCUAAGGAGUGGUUGAAUGCUGCGUUCACAGACACGACGCGGUUGGAAUGAGAGGACGCGCAAAAAAGGACCAGUAACUAUUCAGGAUGCACUGGUCGUUGUUCCCCCUACUUGGCCUGCUUGUUUGUUUCCAGAGCUGUAUAGCAGCCUUUACACUGAGAACCAGAACUCAGACAUAUGAUGAGCCCUACUAUAAGUAUGUGCCCGGUCCCCUGCAGUGGAAUAGUGCCGACGAAUGGUGCAACCAAUACUCUGGGUCCUUAGCUGUUGUCUCCAACCCAACAGAGAACCAAAAGCUAACCAGCUUUUUGACAUCCUUGAACGUCUCUCAGCCUGUGUGGAUUGCCAAGAAAGUUGUAACACACACGACAAGUUCCUCCGACAUCCUCGUCCUGGAUUUCAGCGGGCGUUCGAACAGAAAGCAUGCCCGUCUGCUCCACAAGUUUCCAUCAAUGGACUCUGUGACUGUUUGUGCCCUCCUCCGUUUUGAUCUGAACUUCUCUGGAAUUUCCACAAUCUUCUCUUAUUCCAUCAAGUCGUAUAUAAAUGAGUUCCAGCUCCGUGCAAACCAGUUGCAGGGCAAACACGUGCGGCUGGCUCUGUUGGUCCAUGGAAGUCAUGGACCUUACCAUGAGGCAUUCAGCCAUGAUGACUCCUGGCAUUCUGUGUGCGUUUCCUGGAGCCACAACGGUGGCCACUGGGAAAUAUUUUCUCAUGGUCGUAUGGUCUCAAGUGGUGAUGGCCUGAACAGCACUGACAGCAUUGGCCCGGAGGGCCUUUUUAUUAUUGGCCAAGAGCAGGACACCUUUGGCGGCUCAUUUAAGACUGAUGAGUCCUUCUCGGGGAGCAUCACAGAACUACACAUUUGGGAUCGGGUACUGAACAGCAGCGAAAUAUUAACCAUGGAAAAAGAUUGCUCACCCGUUUCCUCUGGGCUGGUGUUCAAGUGGAGUAGACCAGGCAUGGAAAUUGAGACCUCCCUUUCGCAGGACUGGAGAGACAGCCCGUGUCUAGAUUUGGUGUUGCAUUCCAUCGUGGUUGGGAAUUCUUCGGAGAAUGAACCGUAUUCCGUCAAGAUUUUCCACAGCCCUGUUUCUGAAGUGGAGCAAUGUGACACUGUCGAUCCUGUCACGGGGAAUUGUAGCCUAGUCGAGUGCAGCUCGCUCAGAGGGGCUGUCUGUCAAUUCACAAAAGACGUGCUGACUGGUUUCAAUUUACCAGAGUCUCUGUUCUUCAACAGACUAAACAAGGAUCAUCUGUUUAAACCUGUGAUGGAGAAGCUGAGUGCCAACUCCUGGGACAGAAACCUGAUUCUGCUGCAGCAGGUCAUCCAGGAGGUCUUGCAUUCGAUCGAGGCCGGUGGCUUUCACCUCCUGAGCUCCAGCGAUGUCCUCUACCUCUCCCAGAUGACCGACACUAUCGCGCAAGCCAGCGCUCCGGCCGCAGGAGCUAAUGCAACAGAGUUGAUCGUGUCCAUUGCUACUGACUACUUAAACGUUGCGAGUCUGAUUCUGGAGCCGCACACGGCUACGCAGUGGAUGAGUCUGACGGCGGAUGAGGUCAGCGUUGGACCAUUUACUAUUGUGAAGAGCAUCGAUAAUCUCUCUGUAGCGCUUGCAGACAUGCUGUCUGCCGAAGAGAGGGGCUUCUCUCUUUCUACCAAGAACAUAGAUGUGCACAUGAAGUGGCAGAAACUGUCUCGAGAGGGCUGUAAUCAAGUCUUCAAGCCAUCUGCAGUCAGCCCUCACAAGCCCAGCAGCAGUACUCUUGAUGAGUUGCUUAUCCCUGACACUGAGCUCCAGAGGAUACACUCUCUUGGAUACGAAGAAGUGAUGUUUAUUCACACACACUACAGCCAUCUCAGUGAGAUAGUGUCUGGAGCGAAGGAACCUGCGCCGAGUCAACAAGAGGAAGUGAAAAGGACCCACCCAGGUCAGCUGGCUUCUGCCGUCAUAUCAGCCACCGUGCGUGACACCAUCAAGCGCCAAACCAUCCCAGUGGCCGUCCAGUACACCCUGUCCUCCUCAAACGUGCUGGAGUAUUUACAAGGAGUUUUUCCUGUUUGUGCCUUUUGGAAUUUCAGCCUGAGGGAAACCAGCGGCUGGUCCAGUGAUGGCUGCACAGUGAUGUUCAAGGGCUCUAGUGUGACGUCCUGUUUCUGUAACCACACCACCAACUUUGCAGUGCUGAUGAAUUACCUGGAGUCUAAGUGGAGUCCUGAGCAGGAGCGCAUUUUGACCAGGCUGACAUUCAUUGGCUCCGGCACAUCUCUGUGCGCGCUGCUGGUGACCUUGAUGCUGUUUACAGUGCUGGACAUCCCCAAAUCGGACAGGACAUCCAUCCAUAAGAACCUGCUCAUUGCUCUGAUCUGCGCCCAGGUGAUGCUGCUCUGCAGCGGCUCAGCCAUUCACAAUAAGGUGGCGUGUACGCUUGUGGCGGCGCUGCUUCAUCUGUUCUUCAUGGCAGCGUUUACCUGGAUGCUGGUGGAGGGUCUGCUGCUCUGGAGCAAAGUGGUCGCAGUCAAUCUAAGUGAAGACCAACACAUGAAGUGUUACUAUCUCAUCGGCUGGGGUCUGCCAGUGCUGAUCGUCACCAUCACACUAGCGUCGGCCUCAGGCAAAUACGCAGCCGACGGCUACUGUUGGCUCAGCGUCCAGAAUGGUGUUAUCUGGGGCUUUGUUGGGCCGGUCAUCUUCAUCAUCAUGGUGAAUAUCAUGGUGCUGGCGAGGGUGGUUGUCAUCACCAUCUCCACGGCCAAGAGAAGGUCCAUCAUGUUGGCCAUGGGCGCCAGUCCCCUGGAGCAAGCCUACGAUCAAAUCAGGGCUGCAGUGAAAGCAGUGUUGGUGUUGCUGCCCAUCCUUGGACUGACGUGGCUGUGUGGCAUUUUGGUACCUUUCUCCAUUGUCAUGGCCUACAUCUUCAUCCUCCUCAACUCCUUUCAGGGCCUGUUCAUCUUUCUGAUAUAUGGGGUGUACAACACAGAGGUUCGGAGCACGGUCAACAGGAUCAAGGAGAGGAGAAAAGCGCUCAAUUUUUCAAACUGUGCCAGUUCCCGACCAUGCAGCUCACUUACAAACUCUCGUCCUGUCAGUUUGCCGCCUGAAACGACCCCAAGCAAAGAGGAAGAGGCCUGCGCUUGUAGCAACACACAGGACCUGGGGAAACAGGAAGAGAGGACCACAGGUCAGCUGCCCGUUCCUUGUGUUCCAAAGAGACCAGAAAAUCCCAUGAGCCAAACCUCCAAAGGGACUCAUCUGGACAGAGAGGAGCCUCCUCCUUCAGAAGCGGAAGCCUUGCCGCCUGGAUGCAGUCUUCACGUUCCCAUGGAGCUCGAGUUUGCGGCUUCCUGUUUCCCUCGCAGCCCUGCGCCUCAGAAAAGCUAUGGACUCGUCUGUGUAGACUAAUCUCACAGGUGUGAUGCCAAAUACAGUUUUGCAUUGUAAAUUUUUUUUUUUUUUUUUAUCAGACUCUGUGCUGUGUUUUUGCCUCUUAAUCCUCCAAUUCGACCAGCACCAUGUCACUCAUGGUGAUAAUAGAGGCACAGGAACAUAAGGUACACUUAUUUUGGGGUAAUAAUGUAAGCUCACUGCCUCAAAUUACUUUCAUCUGUUUACCUUAACCUAAAGUCACAGUUUUUUCAUUUGUAUUUCUUAGGUUUUCUUGAUGUACAGUUUUUUGUGUUUUUUUUUUUUUUUUUUUAAGGCAUUACAUUGUCCAGUAAAAGGCAUGGAGUCGUGCACAACUGUGAUUUUCCUGGUUUGAUUGAAACGGGGACAUUUAUGUUAUGUGAUCAAGUUUGUCUUUCUCUCUCUCUCUCUCUCUCUCCACGCAUGUUUUCUGAGUUUCACUCGCGAAAUAUAGGCACAAAAAAUGCCCCAGAAAACAAAAGCAUGACGUAUCAUUCUUUUUUUUUAUCUGCAUAUGAGUACAUUGGAGCGUUCUGCUGAAAACUACAAUGUUUCUGGAUUUUAAUUUAUCUCUUAUUCCCACAAGUUGUGGUAUAGUGUGAUAUGCAAAGAAUGACUACAAAAAAAAAAAAGCAACAAGUGAACUGGGAGUGUGUUAGUGUGUGGACGAAGCCAGAGUCUGGUGUUAUAAGCAUAAUAAUUAUUUAUUGAAAUAUGAGGAAAAAAUUCAAUGAGCCUCAUAGCAAGACUCUCCCCAGGACCAGGUAGUGAUGGGAGCAUUCAUAAUGUCAGCAGGAGUGGCAAACGUCAUAGACAAGCAGGAGGGAGAUGGUAUUUUGAUGUUUCGCAUAUCCAUGUGUUGACAGCGUACAAGAGCACAUAAUGCACAAAGGAAGCCAUUGUUUAAGUCCUUCACAGAGCAUUUACCCCACGUAAUAGUCCGACAGUGACUACGUAGCCUAAAAUUUAAGGUUCUGGAUUCCAAAAUCCCUCAAUCUCCAAUUAUUUAUUAAUUAAUCCGGGUGGAACGGGACUGCAGAAAAGACUCUCCACUAAAAAAAAAAAGAAAAGUAGGACUUCUGCAAUGGCCACAUUGGUGACUGUACUGCCUGUACUUUGAAGUGGAGUUCACCUGCACAUCGGAGGAAGUCCAAGGCAGCUGCAGAACCCUAAACACAGAAUUUGAGAAAGUGGAUGAUAGAUAAGAUUGUCUGAUUAUCUGGAGGCCGCGGUUAAUGAGGGUAACAGGUGGUGACGCUCAGAAACAGCUUCUUAAUACGGUGAAUUAGUGGUGACUUUAAGAGAAUUUUCUAUACAUUAAACAUGCCAUUGAAAGACUUUUUCCAUGACUUAUUUAACAAAACCUGGACAAGAUUUUCUUUUUUAAAAAAACAAAACAAAAACACCAUACGCUGUUGUGGGAGGCAAGUGUUGGGACAUUUUGAUUAAAAAAACAAAAACAAAAAAAACAGUAACAACUACUCUACACAUGGAGAAACUCAGCGUGAGGAUAAUUUGGGCUGCCAUAUGUUAAGAAGAAAAAGCCAGUUUUGUUAAUUUUGGACACAAUACUAGAAGUCACAGCUCACAGGGGAAAGAUGCAGUCUUUGGUAUAAGAGCAAACCGGACAGAACAAUGACGCAGGUUGAAAUUUCGGUAAGAAAACUGAUGUGGCACAGACCAUCCUUCACACCUACCCACUUAAAUACAAUACUCUUUUCAAUGUACAGACUUGCAUGAACACUUAAAAUACUUUUUUU